GCUGUCAUGUCUUUGUUGCCUCUCCAGCACCGCAUAUGUUGUGAGCAGAACAGCGGGAUAGAUGGAAAAAUAACACUUUUUCACGUACAGAAGAUACGCAUUUAACAUUCACACACAACAAGUCAAACCCACCCAAAAGAUGGAAGACAAGCUGAAUGGAUUCCCUGUUGUCUCCCCGGAGUAUCUCCAGCAGUGGGUUCAGUCUGCACAGCAGUUUCAAGCUCUCCAGUCCCAAUAUUCAGGCUUCAACAACAACCAUCAGUCCCACUACCCAGAGGGCCCGGCAGGAGACACAGCCAUGGCACACAUGGCUUAUCCUGAACCCAUGAUGGAUCAGCAGGAACCUGCCGACGUGGCAAAACCCCCGGCGAAAAAAAGAGGCAGAGCAGCUCAACCCAAGGAGCCCAAGGCACCAAAACCACCAAAGGUCCCCAAGGCGCCAAAACCACCAAAACCACCAAAAGUCCCCAAGGCACCAAAGCCACCUAAGGACCCAAAGGCACCUAAAGCCAAACCUGGUCCGAAGCCCAAGAAGGGCGCUGAGGCUCAGGCAGAUGGCAAGCAGGAGAAGAUAGAUGAGAGCUUCAAGAAGGUCAAGAGGAAAAUUGACCGCUUCAAGGGAAUGUCGGAGGAGGAAGUCAUGACAAAAACUCUACCAGACCUGCUGGAAUACAACCUGGACUAUGUCAUCAUUGGUAUCAAUCCAGGACUGAUGGCCGCUUUCAUUGGACGGUGGUUUCCAGGUCCUGGAAAUCAUUUCUGGAAGUGCCUCUUUCUGUCCGGGUUUACUGAGGAGCUACUCAACCACAUGAGUGACACCUCCCUGCCUGGGAAGUACAAAAUGGGCUUCACCAACAUGGUGGCCAGGGCGACGCCAGGGAGCAAAGACCUCUCAACUAAAGAGUUACGCGAAGGAGGCAAGAUUCUUGUAGAGAAGCUGAAGAAAUUCAAGCCUCUUAUUGCUGUUUUUAAUGGAAAAUGCAUCUAUGAAAUGUUCUGCAGAGAGAUGUUUGGUAAGAAACCAAAGAAGCUUGAUUUUGGUUUGCAGCCACACAAGAUCCCCGACUGUGACGUGGCUCUGUAUCUGAUGCCUUCAUCCAGCGCUCGCUGUGCUCAGUUCCCUCGAGCUCAGGACAAAGUCCACUUCUACAUCAAACUGAGGGAGCUCAGAGAUCAGCUGAAGGGGAUCCGGAAACAGACUGAGAUCGAGGAGGUCGAUUACUCAUUUAACCUGUCGUUGGCUAAGGAGGAUGCCAAGAGGAUGGCGAUAAAGGAGGAGCAGUACGAUCCUGGUUAUGAAGAUGCCUUCGGUGGAGUGUAUGCGGAGAGAGGAGCCGAAGGGGAGGAGGCCAAAAGCCAGACCAACGGUCACUGUACAUUCUCAACCGCAGAAAACACGGACUCAUGCGAGAAAGACAAAGUUAUCUUUAAGGAGUUAAAGGUUACACAGGAAGGAGCACAGGAGGCGACCACGUCACAAAUCCCAGAAGGCCAGCUCCCAGACGGACAGUGGAUGACCCAGUCCUUUGCGGAUCAGAUCCCGGACAUCAGCGGGGCACCAAAGGAAGGCGGCUCAUAAGGAAAAGACUUCUUUUUGUCCGUUUUUAGAUCGUUUUCCUUUUCUUUCUUUUUUUUUUUAGUGUCCGAGUGGAAUAUAAACACAUUAGAUGGACUUUUUUUGUAGAGGUUUUGCAGAUUAUUCUCUCUGCAUUUUCUUUUAUUAUUUUGUUUGUGCUCUUGUACUAAUGUAUGAUCAUCUUCAAGGCAGUCUUUUUUUUAAAUAUGUGAAAUCAGGGACUUGACAAUGAUGCUUUGAAGAAGGUCAUGUAUUUAAAACGUUUGUUUUGCCUUUGUACUGUACCGUACUGCACUAUGAUGCAGUAGGUGUAAACAUUCACGUCUACUGUUCUGACCGUAGAUGAAAACUCAAGAUGGUUAUUUUACAAGUUGAGCCUUUUAUGAUCCUCUAUGUGAAAUAGGGGGUUUAGCUAGCAUUAAUGUUUUACAUUCAUGGUGCUAUGAACUGACCACGAUGCAAAGUGAUCACUGGAUGAAAUCAUCAUGCAUGUUACCAGAUUCCACACAGGGAAUUCCCAACAAGCCUUUCAACAUAAUGUUACAGGUUAUAUUUGAAAUCUUUUAUCAUCCAACUUUUCUUUUUUUGGGGCUUUAGGAAUUUUAGAAUUACGUUUUGUAUGUUUAUGAAAAUGUCAUUCACAAGGACUUUUAUGAAACGUGUCCAUUAAAAUGUCUUGAUGA